AUGGACUUGGAAAAUGAUGGGGAUGUUGAUGAGGAUAUGGCUUUUGAAGGUAUAGAUCCAUGGGUGGAUGGAUCGGUUGAAAUAUCGGGGUCGGGAACGUGGUCGGGGUCGGGGUUGAUAUCAAGUUCAAGUUCAAAAGCGAAUUUGGAUGGGAAGUUGUCGAUGGAUGUAUUGAUGCGGGAUCAAAAUCAAGAAGAAGAAGACGAGGAAGAAAGAGGAGAAGAAAAUGAAAACGAAAGAGAAGAAGGAAAAGAAGAAGAACUCGAUAUAAUCGGCAGCCUCACGCUCGAAAAAGCAAAGUUGGAAGAUAAAAUCUGGGAAAUGGGGGAGGAGGCGAGGGUAUUGGAGGAAAGGAUAGGGGUGUUGGAGGGGAGAGUUGGAGUGUUGGAGGAAAGAGAAAAGUGGUUGGUGGAGGAGAGGGAGAAGAUUGUUAGGAUGUUGUUGUGGGUUAGGGUGGAGGUGGCGAGGUGGGGGAUUUGGUGGAGGGAAUUGGAGAGGGAGAGGGAAUUGGAGAGGGAGAGGGAGGGGGAGGAUGUGGGUGGUGGUGGUGAGUAG